AUGUCUCUACUGGAGACGUCCCACCGGAAAAAACCAUCGCCUUCUGUCAAUCGUCAGUCGCGCUCCUGUAAGGUGUGCCGGCUCCGCAAAGUCAAGUGCGAUCGCGUCAAGCCCUGUCAUGCCUGUUGUGCUCAUGGAUACCCGUCUCAAUGUGUCUAUGAAGCCAUUCCCGGCGAUGAGCCUAUCUCGCAGACCGACGAGAUCCGUAAUUUACGAGCAGAGAUCCACGAGUUAAGAUCGCGGCUCGAUAACAGAGACGAUCGCAUCCGAAAUCAACAACGAUAUGACCAUCUCCAACAAUUCUUCACCUCAAUCCGCUUCGCCCCAUUGCAAGAAGUUGAUCAUAUAAUCGGCAAUAUCCGAAAUCCUCGUCGCGGGUGGAGGCGACCAUAUAAGGCGGUCGGCAAAGACACAGGUAAGCUAUCCCAUUCCGAAACCCUUGCCAUCAACAGAGUGUCGUCCGACGAUGAGGAUGAGCUAAUCCCUCUGGGCGAUGGCACUUGGAGCUAUGGCAGUAGCAGCAGCAGCAGCAGCGACAGCAGCAGUAUCCGUAGCACCCCGUCCGACGAUACGGAAGCGUCAUAUGGUCGCCCUCUAUCUCCUUUCAAUCCGAACAUAGCUGCCAUCGACGUCUUUGUAGAGCGUUUUGUGGAUGCCUUCAGUCCUAAAGUCAACGUCAAAGCGGGCCAGGCGGGUGCUUUGCGUCGGGCUGCCGAGAUCCGCAUGUUUUCUCCCAUUAUCGGGGAUGCUUUUGAUGCCGUGUCGGUAGCUUUCUUCGGUCGAUCAACCCAGGAUCGUCGUAUUGAAGCUGCAGGUUUCCAACUAUACCCCAAGGUGUUGCGCAAUCUACAGCAAGCGUUGCUGGAUCCGGAAAGGAGUAAGGCCGAAUCGACUCUGGUAACAGUCAUCCUGCUUAUGGCCUUUGAGAGUGUUGAGCGGACCAGCGAUGCAGGCGUCGUCGCUCAUCUCAACGGGGCUGUUCGAUUGAUCCAGCAUCGAGGCCCGGAAAAUCACAUGUACGGCGUAGAGCAUUUGCUCUUUACCGAGCUUCGUCCGUACUAUGUUGGAGCCGCGCUGGUUACCCGUCAGCCGACAUUCCUCGCUGAAGAGGAAUGGAAAGUUGUCCCUUGGUCGGCCGGUACGACCAAAAAAGACAUCUUACACCAUCUGCUCGAUCUCGCUGUCGAGAUCCCAUCCCUUUUGGGGCAGUCUGACGACUUUCAAGCAGCUACCCAGCAACCAGGAAUGCUCAGUCCACAUGAGAACGCCACCAAACAAGCGACUCUUUGGAACGGUGUUGCUGACUUAACCGAACGUUUUCUCCGAUGGAAACGCGACUGGGUUGACCAAUAUCCAGAUGGCCCCCCACGCGAAGUUGACCCCUCAACAUCAUUCUCUCCAAAAGAAGACGAUGAACCUUUCCCGAUCUUCCAAUGUCGCGACCUCCGCACUGGCGCCGUCUUCUCCCCUACCAAAUUCCUUUACCCCGACCUCCGCCUCGCACAAACCAUGUGCGUAUACUAUGCCUUCCGUCUCAUCCUCUCGACUGUUGAUUCGCGUGCCCCGGGUCAAGCUAUCAGCCCAAUGGAGCAAUACGCACUAGGCUGCGAUAUCUGCCGUAGUCUAGAAUGGUACAUCCUCACUGCACCGGGGAACAUGAUCAAUCGGUUGGCGUUUCCUGUCCGCGUUGCUUGGGAGGUGUUUCCCGCCGGCGGGCCCGAACAAUGCUUUAUGUACGAUGUCCUGAAGCUGGUGGAGAGGCGGCAUGCGCUAGGGUUAUGGGGGAGUUCCAUGCCAGAGCUAUCACCCAGGACGGGAUCACCGCCCAGGUAG